AUGGACGACGCCACUCUGCCAGGGAAUUCAAACAAGACAGCGGUGGACGGGACCAUCAUGUCAUUAUUACUCUAUUUCCACUAAAUUUGACGUUAUUUUAAUGAAGACAAGAUGACAUUGAACAGAAAAGUGUUGAAAAGGGUCCACUCUCCGAUCAAGUCCCCCAAGCGGAACAACACGUCUCUCCGCAAGAAAGCUCUCAUCAGGCGGCUCAGCAGUGAGGUGCAGUUUGGGGCGGCGUCAAAGGCUAAUCUGAAGGUGGUGGUGAGGGUGAGGCCACAGAACCAGCGGGAGCAGGAGAACAACGCGAGAUGUGUUGUCAACAUUAUAGACGAUCACAUGUUAGUAUUCGACCCUAAGGAAGAAGACGAUGGAUUCUUCUUUAGGGGCGUGCGUCAGCGAACGCGGGACCUCAACAAACGGCAGAACAAGGAACAGAAGUUUGUUUUCGAGAAGAUUUUUAACGAAGAGUCGACCAACGAGUAUAUUUACGAGUCAACGACCAAAGACCUCAUUAACACGGUGCUUAGUGGCUACAACUGCUCUGUGUUUGCCUACGGGGCCACAGGUGCCGGCAAGACCUUCACCAUGCUGGGGAAGGUGGACGCCCCGGGGAUCACCUUCCUCACGCUGAUGGAGCUCUACCGCCGCAUCGAGGAGAUCAAGGAGGAGAAGACCUGCGAAGUGAGGAUCUCCUACAUAGAGGUAUAUAAUGAGAUGGUGCGCGACCUCCUACAGCCAGGUAAGCCACUCAACGUGCAGGAGAACGGCCAGCAAGUUCUGAUCCCUGGUCUGUCGCUUCACAAGCCCGACAACCCGCAGGAAUUGAUGCAGCUGUUGGCGAGAGGUAACCAGAACCGAACGCAGCACCCCACCGACGCUAAUGCCGAGUCAUCCAGGUCCCAUGCUGUGUUUCAGGUCUUCGUUCGUCAACACGAUCGCAUCGCAAACGUUAAGGCCAUCGCUAAGUUGUCCAUGAUCGACCUUGCUGGUUCUGAACGAGGGGCCUCCACGGGGUUCAAGGGAGCCAGGUUUAGAGAAGGUGCCAGCAUAAACAAGUCUCUCCUUGCCCUGGGAAAUUGCAUCAACGCACUGGCAGACGGACAGCGGCACAUCCCAUACCGCGACAGUAAGCUAACACGCCUCUUAAAAGAUUCUCUCGGGGGAAACUGUCGAAGUGUUAUGAUAGCAGCGGUGUCCUCGGCGUCCACCACCUUUGAGGACACCUUCAACACACUGCGCUACGCCAAUCGAGCCAAGACGAUAAAGACUACGAUAAAGAAGAAUCUACUCAACGUGGAUCAGCAUGUGUCGAACUACGUCAAGAUUGUCGACGAGCUGAGACAAGAGCUCUGCAGCAUGAAGGAGAAGAUUAAUAAGUAUGAAGAGAGGGGACAAGAGUUGGAGGCCCAGAGCGAUACAUCGCAGCCCUCAGAGUUAACAUCUCACCGACAGAAGGAAUAUGAGGAGAAAAUAGCCAACUUGGAAAAACAGCUUCAGCAGGAGAAGUCCAGGGAUGCGACAGUGUCGGGAGAAGAAUCCCCAACGCCCGCCGUCACAGAAGAAGAAGCAGAGGCUCAGGCGAGACUGCUGGAGGCGUGUAGGGAACGCAAGGCCCUGAGGUGGGAACUACUGCAGCUGGAGAGUUCUCAGCGCGAGACAGAGUUCAAGGUUCACACGUGUACCGCUCAUCUUAAUAGAAUGAAGAUAAUAGCCUUUGCCUCCAAGAAGUUAGAUAAGAGUAUGUCCAAAUGCGAACGUACACUCUGCAACCUCAAUAAUCUCCUGAGUCAGAUGAGGAAACUUCAGCAGAGUUUACAGGCGAAACUCUCCGUCAACUCGUCCAAACUGGAGUAUUACCAGAGUGAGCUGAACCGCUGGGGCCCUAAUUCUUGUGAGCCAUCUGCACACUCCCAACAACUGAUUGAGAAGAACCAGGCAAAUCUCGCGCUCCGGGAUUUGCACCAGGUCUCGGAGUAUUUGAAGGGGAUGGUACAGGAAGGUUUUAACGAGCAGAACGCAUCGGAACAACUGAUCAACGUUCUUCUGAUGGCGGCCAGGCGGUUUUACGUGCAGCUGCGGGCGUAUAAUAACUGUACGCCCGAGAUGGAGGAGGUGUUUAAGGGUUUGGUAGAGAGCAUGGAUGAAAGCAAGGUAAUAUGGGCGGACCAGCAGAGUGCCGGUGGUGAACAGGAGGCGACCGACACACCCAACGAAGGUACACAAGCUCCACUAGACGUGUCUUACUUCACUUUUCUACCAACCAUUAAUACCUUCUUCAUAUCACCGGCCACCGUACAAGAACCUGCCAAGGUUUUCCGAAAAUCUAGUCUGAAAUCCAGCGUCAGUGUUUCCCAGUCGUCAGGCGGAUCUAUCACGUCGGUAACUCCCCGGAGAGACCUGGAAACAAUCAGGAAGGUGUUGCCCGUUGUCCCAGAGACCGAGGACGACGGGGGCUUACCCUCAACGCCAAUGCUCGGGUCAUUGUCUCGUUCUCCCGUCGACCCAGUGUCCGGCCAAGAUAAACGGCCGCUGCCAGUUAUCGCCGCCAGUGUCCAGGGGAUGUCUAGUGUUAUGGGCUCGCUGAAGGAAACCCCAUUACCGAGGGAGAAAUGCAAGCCGGCUGUACCUAGUGUUGUCAUUAAAGGGACUGAAACGUUUGGAUUUGUGAGCAUGGUUAAUGGAUGUGGUGUUGUGUCAGCUGUCAACUCCCUGGUUCCUGGUAGUAAUAUGAACACCACAGAGUUGUUGCAGGAUAUUCAACCUCUGGAAUGUUCAAUAAAUGCCACUGUUGCCAUCACACCGGCGGAGGGAUUGAACACAACAGUCGACUUACCCAAUAACCCCGUGGCCUUAAAUACAACUGUUGACGUUCCUUCCGUUUCUCCUAAUUCUUCGACCUCAACAACCACCACCACUGAGGUUCCUACUAAACUGUCAGCCAAUAGUACAUUUGUUAAUGCUCCUCAACUUUCUGCUGAUCCAAACACAACCUUUGAUAAACCAGUGCCGUCAAAGACUACAGCCAACAAGAAAUUGCUGCACUCGGAUACCAGAAUAAAUUUACAGGUGUCAAAUGCCCAAGAAACGCUAGAGUCACAAAGUGUAGUAGAUUUACCCGUUAACAGUAUUGACAAGUCUUUAACCAACUGUCAAGCGAACGUAGACUCCCUGAAAACUGCAUCCAGGCAACUCUUCCAGUCAUGUACAUUAGAUUCAACUUUCAGUGUUGAAGAAACGAGAAAUAGAGAAAGUUGGCAAAAUUUGAAGAACUCUGUGUGUGGGCUUUCACCAGGAUGUUCUGCUCUCGACCUCCAGUCUCCGGAUGUGAGCGCAGGCCAGGCGAGACAGACGACCUUUGAAAUUCCCGAACGUCGUCCUCUGCUCUCGCUCGAAAACAAAGCCAAGAAGCCACUGUCGCCGCUCCCUACCGUUGUUGUGGAACUUGAGGGAUCAACGAUGCUUCCAACAUCAAAGGAACAUAAGAUCAGCCACAAACAUCUCUCUGGCCACACACCCCAGAAGACACCGGGUAAGACCAUCACUCCGUGGAAAAACUCCUCCAUCAAGAUCACGCCGGGGAAGAUCUCAACCAGUGCUAACAAGCUCAGCAUCACCACCACCCCGGGCAUGAGAAGAUGUGUCAGCACUCCUUCCCUGGCCGCCGCCGCCUCCAACGUUACCGCCAAUAAAUUAAUAAAACCGUCGCCGAACAUCAAAAGGAAAUUCACGGGAUUGGGAGGAGCUCUUCAUAGGACAACGAGCUUCCUAAAGGGAAGAACGUCAGCAGGCAACAACCAGGAAAACGUCCCCCCAGGAUCACGUAAGGUUCUAUCCCGGACAAUGUCAUCGGUGAUACAGAGGGAGACCAUCUCCUCGGCGGCAAAGCAUUCGUUGAUGUUGAAUUACAAACAAUGAGGGUGGCGGUCAUCUUGUCUUAGCCAGAAGGAACAAAGCGGAGCGGUUGUUUCUUCCUCUAAAAAUAAUCGUCGUGGUGGAGUCGACAGAAGCGUGAAUUUGUUAGCGGCUGGAGGCAAGACUCUCGGUACCCAAGAUGUGUCUUUCAGGAGCACCGUGUUUGAAAAUCAACUGUGUGAAGUACAUCUUGAUACAGCUGUAUAUAGUUUUCCCCCUGUGAAUAAUUGUACAAAUUUACUCUAUAUCAACACUAAGCUUUCUCAAGAUAAGUACUCUCAAGCUUCUUUAAAUCCUAAGCUUUCUCAAGACAUCCAUACUCAAACCUUAAAUCCUAAGCUUUCUCAAGACAUCCAUACUCAAACCUUAAAUCCUAAGCCUUCUCAAGACAUGCAUACUCAAACCUCCUUAAUUCCUGCUCCUCAAGCUUCCAUAAAUCCUAAGCUUUCUCAGGACAUGCACACUCAAGCCUCUCUAAACCCUAAGCUUUCUGAAGACUCCCUAAAUUUCCAACAUUCCAAAGACUCUCUCCCCCAAACUCCUCGGCUCUCUCACUACUGCGGCGGAGGCGGUGUUGCCAAUGCCACAUCAGGGCAACGAAAACUGAGCAUUGAGCCAUGGAGUAUGCACAGAACACCCUGGAUUCAUGGGUCUCAUCUCCUUGGUCCGUUUAACCUACCAAGUGUCAUGACUUUGAAGAGGUUCUGAUGGUAAUAGCACCGGAAACUAGCUUGUGUAGAUUCCGUGUUCUUUUUCUUCCGUUUAAUAAAGGAAAAUCCCACCGUUUUUUUGUCGGUUAAUUUUGUAUACUGGGGCUGCCAAGUCCAUCAUGAGGGACGUGGUGGUUGAUAGGGUUAGUAAAGAGUAUAUAAAGAUGUAUUUGAUAUUGUCUUUAUUUGUCUGCUUGCUUCAGUAUCUUGAAUUAUUACUGUUGUGGGGUAAACUAGGCACAUCCUGACACAUAUGGUCAGUACUUCAUAACACAGAGUCAUCUUAGCCCAUUCUCCCUUUUGUGUUAAGUGGACUGGUAAUCUGUAGGUGGCAUUAAUAUGUACUGAAAAUAUGUUGAUGUGAAGCAUUCCAAGUACUACUGUAUUGUGUUUAUAACUUAAAACAUGUCAGUGUUUGUCUAUUGGAUCUCAUUACACUAAUAUGAGUUCUACAUCAGUGGUGCCCUUUUUGAAGAUCAAUUACAGUUCUAUACACAGGAAGUUCAUGAGUUUGUUUAAUGAUCUCCAGAGCAGCCAGUGUUGCAUGUAUUGUACUCUCUCUAUGGUAGUUUUGAUAGGCUGCUGCUUCACUAUACUGUAGGACAAAUGAAGGGUUGGUCCUGCCUCAUACCUUUACUACAGUGUAAUAUGAUCAUUGAUUGUGUUAAUAUAUACUGUGUAUAUAUCAUUGUUGCAUCAGAGCCAAAAGUUGUUGCAUAUUAAACAAAACUAUUUAUAAUACUUCAUUUUAUAAAAUGAAAUGUUUCUUGUAAAUAUAUAAUUACAUAAUCAUCUCAUCAUCAUAACCAUUACCUUAGGUUUUAGUUGUCAACUAAGGGAAAUACUGUACCUUAAAGUAAUAUGGAACAGUAACAAUAUAUGUAGAGGUGGACACACCAGGGUGGUGGUGGGUCAAGUGCUGCUUGGCACAUGACCGGUGGUGUGGGCUCUCUUGUGGUAACCUACUCACUGUAACUUUGUUGUGUUCUUUAAUAUAAAUGAGUUAUUUUUCUUAAAGUAAUGCCCUUUUAUUGUUAUCUUCCCCUAUGGAGACUUUGGUUACAGUAGUUGGUGACCUCUGCAUCAUCAUAGGCUGUAUACAGUAAACUGGCAACAGAUGUUUGGUUUUUAUUUCUGGUAUUGUAUAGAUGUUUAUCAAAGCACCAUUUAUUUUUAUGCCUUGUAAUAUAUCAAAUUAUUUCAGCAUGUAAACAAGAUGUGUUCAAAUAUAUUGAGAAUGACCCCUAAUAAAGCUUUUAUUUUAA